UUAUAAUAUAUAUGUAUGUGACAAACUAUGUUUAGUAACUAAAAUUAUUAUAACGCUACAGAAAGAUGAUUGCAGAACCAAUCAACAUCCCUGCCGGAUCCCGCUUGACCCACAGCAGGUGAAGUCAAGACACAUUGCGGAUGCAGUGGAACCGCUUGCAAGUUAUUCCAUGAUUCCUACUCUAAUAUUUAUUUGAACGUCUAUCGAGGUGCAGUGAUGAUAAGGCAUGGUAGAUAAACAUGAUACCCGACAUCGUACGCAUCAGCUGGAAGGUUCUUGUUAAGCGCACUGACUCAGAAUUUAGAAUUUUCCCACCAGUGAAUAGGAGCAAACGCCCUGCGCUGGCCAGGGAAGUGGCGGUUCUCAUGCCAGCCCGUACCUGCGGCGAGGCGGCGUCGUCAUGACAAGUAUGGAUAUAGUGCAUGACGGUUGGUUGACAAAAUCCCCCCCAGAAAAAAAGAUUGGAAAAGCGUUGCCCUUCUUCCAGAGGUGGCGCAAGCGUUGGUUCGUGCUGCGCCACUCGGGCAACCUGCCUGGCCAGUACGUGCUUGAGUACUUCACCAACCCCUCCUGCAAGAAGCUGAAGGGCUGCAUUGACCUUGAUCAGUGCCAGCAAGUUGACGCUGGCCUGCGGUUUGAGAAGGGGAAGCAGGACUUCAAGUACAUAUUCGACAUCAAGACAAACAACAGGACAUACUACUUGUGUGCAGACUCAGAAGUCAACAUGAACAAGUGGGUGGAUUGUAUCUGUCGCGUCUGUGGACUCAAGCGGGCAGAAGAUGAGGAGGACGAAGAAGACGAAGAAGAAGUGCCAAAUCCACACGAGUACACCCAUGAUCCAGCACCUGCAGGCACCACCAUAACGACAGCUGUGCCGCUAGCGAGCGCAUCAAACCACUCACCUAGAGUAACAACUCUCCAGCCAGGACAGAGGAGUAGCUUGCAUUCACUUCACACGAAUAGCACAUCUAGUCUACACGGGCGAUCUUCACCGCGGCAGUCACUCCUCUCCAACUCGCCUAGGAUGCACUCGGGUUCGGACAUCCCCAUGAACCCUCUACCGUUGAACAGAAUGUCCACGGACGGCAGUCACGAGCUCGACUCGUCAUCGCCCUAUAUAUACCUGUCGGACUGUCACAGCGGCAACCCAAAGGUGGAAGUAGAGGAGGUGGAACCUAUGAUGAGAGAGAGAAAGGAUAGCAUGCCAGACAUGCCAGCUCCUCCUGCCCCCAUUCCUGAGCAGGACUACUACAACCUGAUGCCUCCAGCACCACUCCCACGUCAAGCAACUGCGAAGGUAUCCUCGGCCGACAGUCUGAAUGAGGUUAUCCCGCCGCCCAAGUCGCUCGGUUCGUCUCUCGGUGGCAGCGUCGACGAUUGGUACAAGGUGCCGCGGCACCAGCAGGAGGCCUACCGCGCAUCCGUGAACUCCCAGACGAGCGGCGGCGGCGGAGGUUCGCGCGACCCGCUCGACCUCUACGACGUGCCGUCGCCGCACGCGGCCGGCGUCAUCGUUGCCGCGGCGACGAGCCUCGACGACGUCGUUCCCGCGCUCGGCCGCGUCUCGCUCGACGACGCCUACAGCGUGCCGCCCCCACCGCAGCCCGUCGCCGCGGGGGCGCCACCGCGGCCGCCGAAGAAGCCAACGACGCAGCUGCAGUACGUGAAUCUCGACUCGGUGCCGCCGACGCAGAAGGUGGACCCGGCGGCGGCGGUGUACCCGGGCUACGACACGCCGCGGCCGCACUACGACGUGCCGCCGCCGACGCCGCGCGAGAUCGUUGCCACGGCGACGACGACGCUGCCGCCGCCGCGACCCGCAAAGCCGAAGAAGCUGAGCGUGGAUGCGGCGGGAGACGAACCGUCGGACGGUCCGCCUCCGCCCUCGUCGGACGUGCGCGCUGCCGUGUACAGUAACGAACAGCAGACAUACCAGAACCUGGGCACGUGCGAGCAAGAUGGCGGCCGGAAUGGCGCGGCGCCGCCACCUGUGCGCCGCGAGCUCAAUCCGAAGCGCAAGAAAUCCGAGGGUGUCUCUCCCCCACCAAGGCCAAGCAGCCAAAAGUACACGAAAGCAAAAAACAGCAACACGGCCAAUGGGACGGCUCGCUCAGACGUAUACUUGCCUCAGCGCGCACAGCGGGACUCGACCUCCGACUCGAGCACAGGUGGCAGCAGCUGCAACGUCUUUGACGACGAUGAACACGUGUUGAUGACAGGCAAGCCACAUGCGCUUCUGACCACCAAACCACAGCCCACUGACCAGCUCUACCAGCAUCAGGAUCUCGUUCCGCCCGCGCCGCGACUUAAAGGAACCAUCGAGUAUCUCGACUUGGACCUGGAUAUGCCUAGCAGAGCUAGCUCGAGCAAGACCGCGCGCGGCGGCCGGCCUGUGAAGUCGCCGCCGCCCAAGAUGCCGGACUUGCCUGGUCAAAGCAUGUCGAACGCUGGCACCGUGUACAAGACGGUAGACUUUGUGAAAACUAAAGCCCUGACGGACAUCUCUGUGACGCGCACCGAGAUGAGGAAGUCAAAAUAGCGGUCGGCUGCUUGCGUUGUAAUUAUAUUAACGAGGGCGCGGUGGGAGUCAAUGUCGCUGCCCUCGAGAGAAAUGCCGUAACAGCGUUAUAUGAGCAGUGUGAAAACACUAAUGUCUCUGGAUUAGCUGAUCAAAGGUCACGUGAUUGAGACGAGUCAGCGCUAUUGGCUCUGAGCCGACACGUUGGCUCUGCAUCUGGACUGAAGUCUCUCAGUGAAUGGUCAGCCUGCAGUGCCAAGAAAAAAACUGCCUUCCAUUCAGAAACUGAAUAUGUUAUUAGCAGGUUGCAAUGCACGUUUCUGUUAGUAGACAGCCUUGCACACACCAUUGCUGAGGCUCCAUGGCUAGCCGCUCAAGAACCUUAUUUUUCCCCCUCUACCUUCCUGUGCACAUGUGCGCGUGUGCGUGCGUGUUUGGCUGCAGAUGUUAGUGCGUUCGUAUGCGCAUUCGUGCGUGUAUCACUGUAUGUCUGCCCGCAUACAUGCACGCACGCACGCACGCACGCACGCACGCACGCACGCACGCACGCAUACGUGUGUACAUGCAUGUGUGCCAAUGUUUGGACGUUACAAAAAAAGGAAGAGAGUGUGCCUGUUAAUCUAGGCAACUCCUUGUAAUAUGAAGUUCUGAACGCACAUCGGAGACCUAGGUCACCAUGGCGGGACUUGCCAGGACUUGCCAGGGCUUACCAGAUUGAAAGCAACUGGAGUAAAGUUUAGGGUGCAAGGAACGUCAGCACGUCUCAUCGUGAUCAUGCGAAGAUGGCGACUCCAGCAGAGACGUGUGAGUCUGCACCGCGAUGGGAAAACGCUGGGAUUCAACUUGUGAGCUUACGUGUGGGUGUGCUCAUGCGAGUUUUCACGUAGCAUUCGUUGUUCUGAUCAAUAUCGAACGCUCAGCAGGUUUUUAUGAAGUGGACACGUGGACAGGUGGACGUGUGGCCAUGUGAAAUUUUGUUAGUUCAAGGAGGUCAAGUGGCUCUGGUGCGAACAGUAAGGUCUGUAGUGUCUACUGAAAUCUGAUUCGUUUUAAAGUCAAGCAACUUGCCCUGAGAUUCCAUGCGUUUUACUGGAUAACCAAGAGUGACCAGUGAUAAAGUCUCUGGUUAUGCUACUUGGUGACAUGCCAGCUUCGCGUGUAAGAAUAGUCAAUUCACUACUCGAGCGAUAUUAAUGUAACUGUCAGUUUGGUCGAUGAGCAUAAAGAUUAAUUGAAAUCAUCAUUGAUGCACGAAUACGCAAACACGCAAAACACACAUACUAUAAUUUUUAAGAGUCAGUGGUCGGCUAUUAGGAUGGGACAUCCACUGUGUAAACAAGCAAGAUCGUAUUUUUUUAGGUUCUGCUUUUGCAGUCCAUUAGAAACUUCCUACAUUCAUAUUCCCAAAUACAUUGGUGUACUUACUAUAUUCUUAACAUUAAAAAAGCUUCUGGCUAUACAGUACAGUGAGUAGUAUGACACAAGUCAGGAACGGGGUUUAGCUUGUAUAAAAUUUCAAUAAAAUAAUCAAACUAGGGUACGAGUCCAUUGUUAAGUAAAUACUUACUUCGUAAAGCUUGGUGUAAGAUUUACAUAGGCGAAUGAGAUGUGUGUGAUUAUGUGUGAUGCAAAAUAUAAAUAUUCAGUAAUGAUCAGUGUGUGAGGUUUUCAACCCGACAAGAUGUGUUAUGAUGCAGUAAUAAUAGAUUUUAAUACACACUGGCACUCAUAUCUGUCAUCGGGUUUAGUUCUAAUAUAUCAACGGAUGUUUUAGUUGUUACAUAUUAUACUGAAAUCACUGAAUAUUGGUGUUAGAAACGUGUAUAUAGAUCGUGUAAAUAGUAACGGUGAGUUCGUGAACUGUGUACUAUCAUCUGCCCACUCUAUUACAAAACAAUAACGUAUGAUCAUAUGUCGACAUUAACCUUCUAGGCUAAUCAACAACGUAGUUGUUGUUGUUUUUAUUUUUGGUGCGUGCAACGAGCUUGAGCAUUGUUUUUUAUUAAUUUGUUGCUGUGUUAUUCACGUUUCGAUAGUCAAACUCAUGUAUGCAUCUUCCGAAAUAGGCCAGUAAUUCUAUUGGCAAUAUAUAUGGCUAUAUAUAUUUUUAGAGAUUCUAUGUUAGUUCAUCACAGUGUGUUAGAAGUCAGUAACACCUUUAAACCUAUUUAGUUGAUAAUGUAACAGUAUUAGUGCGUGACUUUAUUUCCCCAGUGUGACAAUAUAUAUUUUAUUCACGCGCAGUAGGUAUAUAAUUUACUAGAUCGGCUAUAACUUGGUAUGUUGCUAGGUAGUGUCAAUUUUACGGAAUUUACUACAUGGCAAAUUCGUAUCAAAUAAUUUAAACCCUUCACGCGCGUGAUACUUCUUCAAAGAGCUCUGUAACUUUAGAUGUCCAAAGAGCCGUGUGGAUCGAAUUAUUUGGUCGUUUUUCUAAGCUUGAUGAGUUUCGGUUUUACCAUGACGCCGCAUAUCCCAUAAUCGUGGUUACUCGUUAAUUUUAAUUGCUUGUGAGCACUAUAUACGGAGUUUUAUAUUCGGGGCAUCGCCCAAUAGCAAAAUGUAGUUUUACUAUUUGGUAACGUACUUGUCUAGCUUACGAGUCUCAUGUUGAUACGUAAUGAAUUGCAAAGCUUAUAGUUUUACUUUUAUCGAUUUAUACAUGAGAAGUGUUUUACUGAAAACUGAACACUGAGUAUAUAGCUCAUGUGCUGUGCCAAAAGUGCCGAGUUGGUUCCAUUACUAGUAUAUAAAGAAACUUUUCCAAUGUUACUUCAAAAUAUUAAUCAAGAUAGAAAUCAGGAUGUCAGUCACGAAUAGCUCGGCUGAUUGAAUUGUUUUUUUAUCUUCAAAAUAGAUAUGUUUAUUUACAUAUAGUCCAAUCGAAAGGGUUUCUAAUGUCAUCCAUGUUAUGUACAAAAUAUACCUGUAUAAUGGUUAUGUUUA